AUGUGCGGAAUAAUCAAAAUAACUUCGAAAGAGAGAGAGAAACAAGAGAUAACAACAAUGGAACCGCUUAGCCCGGGGUCCCGGCUGUUCAUUUCGCCGGGUUUCUACGGCGUCAUUGUCUUUACUUUAGGGUUUAAAACUAGAUGCGACCCAUCCGCCAUUGUUGAAGGUAUCAAGAACACAUGGAUCAAGCUUCCCCGCUUCUCUAGCAAAGUGGUGAAUGAUAAGAAAAAUGGAGAAACGGUUUGGGUUCCUGUUAGCGUUCGAGUAGAAGAUCAUGUAGUAGUGCCCGACCUUGAUCAUUCCAGCAUUGAAAAUCCUGAUGAGUUUGUAGAAGACUAUACGUCAAACAUAGCUAAUACUCCAAUGGACAUGUCUAGACCUUUAUGGGAGUUUCAUGUACUGAAUAUUAAGACAUCAAAUGCAGAAUCAUUAGGUAUAGGAAAAUUCCAUCAUUCACUGGGCGAUGGGAUGUCGCUUAUGUCUCUUUUAUACGCUAGUUCGAGAAAAAUGUCAGACCCCGAGGCUUUUCCUACUACUGCGGUUACAAAAAAACAUGUUGAGUCCAAUAAUAAUUGGUGGUUUAUCUCCAGUUUUUGGUUUAUUAUAAGAGUUAUAUUUACAACUUUUACUGAGUUGUUCAAGUCUCUCCUUACACUAUGUUUUCUGCGGGAUACUAAAACUCCUCUCAUGGCUAAACCGGGAGAUAGGGUUCGACCUAGAAAGGUUAUCCAUCGGAUAAUAAGCUUUGAUGAUGUCAAGUUCGUGAAGAACGCCAUGAAAUUGAAAGUGAAUGAUGUUCUUCUUGGAAUGACACAGGCAGGUCUUUCAAGAUAUUUGAGUAAAAAAUAUGAAGAUGAAGAUCCAAUGGUCGAGAAGAAAAAAAACUUAGAGAAAAUCCGUCUUCGUGGUACAGUAGUUGUAAAUCUAAGGCCAGAUACAAAGAUCGAGGAUCUCGCUGAUAUGAUGACAAAAGGUUCAAAAUGUAGAUGGGGAAACUUCAUAGGUAUUGUUAUAUUUCCUUUAUGGAUAAGAUCUGAGGAUGAUCCAUUGGAAUACGUCCGAAGAGCCAAAUCUACUAUGAAUAAGAAGAAAAUCUCCAUGGAAGCACUUAUAUUAUAUGGUCUCAACAAAUUUACCUUGAAAAUAUUGGGGGAAAAGGCAGUAGAAACUAUUACUAAGAGGGUAUUUGGGCAUACAACAUUGACAUUUUCAAAUGUUAUGGGGCCAAACGAAGAAAUAAGUUUUUUUAACCAUCCCAUGUCUUACGUCGGAGCAAGCGCAUUGGUUGGACCACAAGCUCUUAUUAUCCAUUUUGUAAGCUACGUAGACAAGCUUAUAAUCAAUCUAUCUGUCGACACAACAGUGAUUCCAGACCCUCAUCUACUAUGUGAUGAUUUGAUAGAGUCGCUCCAUAUCAUCAAACUUGCUGUCGUGGAGAAAGGGCUUCACAAAAUGGAGGUUUAA